ACGAGAUUGCCCGAUGCGCGGGAAAAUCGUAGUCUGUUCGUAACUGUUGAAAUUGGCGGCUUCUAUUUUUACUACUUUUUCACUUUUGUGUGUGAAUAAAACAUGAAGAUUUUUUAGUGUCUAACAAUCGAAAAAGGAGAAGACUGUAUAUUUUCUGACUUGAAUUGUAAUGCAGUGAUUUAGUGCGGAUUUUCAGUGAAAGUGUAGGAUUGGGAUAGACUGAAUUAUGACGCCUGUACACUAUUUCACCGGUUCUUGCCUGUUAUUUUUGGCGGUUUUUAUAGAAAUCGUCCAGCCAACUUGUGUUCUGGAGUCCGACUUCGGUUUCAAGAUCAACUGCGCUUUCAAGAAAUCUGGUCUCUUCAGAGUGCGUAACCUCGGUGGCGUGAAAGCACAUGCGAGUAUAGGAUUUAGUCUCGGAGAUGAGCUUGGAUUCGAGCAGUCCCUCACCAACUUAGAUCAAAGCAGACGGAGAUCGGUCAGCGUGAAAAAUGGAGUUCCGGCCAACUUCAUCACUGACGCGUCUGUAAGGCCUACUGUUAAGCAAGAGAAACGUGGCAAGCAGAACAGAAUCAUGAUGCGGCCAAUGGCUCCAGCUACACGUCCGAAUCAAGCUGCGAUGGAUAAACUGAGCAGCCUGCACCACCGGGUCUCCAGCACUAUGAAGCCCAUUGUAGUACCGGGACCAACCGUUGAAACACCUGCCAUUUUCAACAGGCCGAACCCUAGUAUUACCAUGGCCAAGCCGAUGCCUAUGGGUGUUCCACCUUUCAAACCUCUGCCACCAAAGGAAGAAUCGUUAAAAGUUCUACCCAUAACAUCUACAAGGAAAUCUUACACGCCACUGCAAGUGCCGUCGCCGAAAGGACCUGGACCACUUUACCAGAGUGAGAACUAUCCACAUGUAUCACACGAACAAGUCUCGAAAAUGGUCUCGCAAAUGACAGCAACACACGUCGCGCAGCCACUACUCAAAAUAACACCCACUCCAAUCAUAGUUAAUACACCAAAACUAUAUUCCAUGCCGACAACACUUAACCCAUAUUCCAUACCAACAUCAAUUAACCCAUUUGUUCCCAUGCCACUUGCUGCUCCACCUACACAAGCCUUAACCAUCAUACCUGCACCCGUUUUCAAAGAUUCCAUACAAAUGCAAAUUACUCCAUCAAAAGCACCCACCUACUUAUCUCAAAAUGCUAUUUCUUUCCAAAAAACCAAUCCUGUUUCUAACUUUGUAGACCCGGUUCCCCACCAAGUCCACGACCUGGCAAGUAUGUAUCCCGCCUAUAAUACGAAAAAAGUCGACGAUUAUAAUUCUAUUACUGGCUACGGAGACGACACUACUCUUAAGUUUAACAAGGAUGAUAUAAAUGCGAAAAUAGCCGAAAUUGCCAAAGCAGGAAAUAUAUCGAUGGAGGCAGUAGAAGCGGCGAUAGCUCUAAGACAGCAACAGCUGUUGAGUAAAUACGCAAACCUUCCCGUUCCGACCACGACUACGACAACCACUACCACUACAACUACGACUGAAGAACCGCUCAUUUUCCAACCUGAACCUGAGCCAGAGAUCCUCAUGCCUGCUAUUGUUCAAAAGCCAAAACGUAAUCCUACUUCGGGCAAAGUAAUGAACGCUCCAAGAGAAUAUUAUCCUGUGGGAUAUGAGAAGAACUUCGAUGACCAUUUCCAAUCUAAAGUGGAUCUUCCAGACACGAACUUCCAUUGUGGUGAUCAGAAAUACUUCCCUGGACUGUAUGGUGAUGAGAGUCUUGGAUGCAUGGUAUUCCACGUAUGUGCACUCACUGAUGACGGUUUAGUGAUGAAGUCGUUCCUAUGCCCUGAGUCUACAUUGUUUGACCAGACAAUUCUUAAGUGCAACUGGUGGUUCUACGUGGACUGUAAGAAUACGAGGCGACUAUAUGACACAAACAUCCCAGUAUCUAAGAGUUACCAGCUGAUGAAGGCAUUGACAUUCUUUUCUUCAUAUAAAAAGGAGAUGCAGGAAGAUGGCCAAGCUACUAAUCCGGAGGAUGUAGCGGGCAUCAAAGAAGCUAUAUCAAUUUUGGAAAAUCAAGAUUCUUCCAAACCUGCUCAGGCGAACAAUGGGGGUUUACAAAUUGUAACACCUCAGCCAUACGUCGAUGAAAGAAAUAAUCACAAAGUAUCCACUGUAAAUGAGACUUCACCAGUUUAUCGUGCUAAUAGAAAUUAUAAUGAUACUAGUAAAAGAAAUACAGCAAGACGUAAAUCUCCAGAACCACCUAAAGCCCCUGAAGUUCAACGAAGAGUUCCGGAACAAAAUAAACAAAAUUCUGAGUUCAAAUUAGUGACUGUCAAUGCAGAUAUCAACUUCAACAAACAGACAAGUUCCGGCGAAAAUAACUCUAAACCUAGUUCAGAUGAAAAUACUGCAGAGAGGAAACACAGACGACGAAUGACAUUACGGAAUAAUAAUACCACAACCCUUGCACCACCAACAAGCACAAAGCCCGCCGUAGAAAUCAUCAAACAAGAACUUCAAAUGUUCACCAUAAAUGAUACUCACGACGUCUUACGACCAGAAACUCUAACGGACCAGCUUGAAAGUGCUGACAAAUUAAAUCCAACUAUACUUAAAGAUGCUCAGAAUUUACCUCCAGUAAAGCGAUUUUAUAGAUCAAGCGCGGAAAAUAAAGAUGAGAAGGAAAUAACAAUAGUAAAUAAUGAAAAAGUUCAGAUAGUGAGACCGACAUCAAUGGCAAGACUUGUAGGAGAGUAUGCGACACCGACGGCUACGAUCGCAAAAUUGGAUGAAGCAGUACUGGGGCCGUCGUAUAACGCGAGAAUCAAGAAAGAGGCGGUCUCUAUAGUGACUCCACAAAGACAAGAACAUUUUCGAAGUUCAACGAAUAGAUUUCGAACAUAGUCUAUAGCUUUCUUAGUCAAUAACUAAAUUUAAGUGUCAUAUAGAACUCCUUACUAAUUUAUUUAUUCCUAAUCAGAUACGUAAGUGCGAAGGCCAAUAAAUUCUAGAAUUACGUAUUUGCUCAAUUUUGUCUUAUGGUUAGUCUAAAUAAAAGGAUUCAGUCAAGUGAUAUUACGGUGUAUGUUUAGAUAUGUAGAAUUAAAAUGAGUUUCCGAAACUAAACGUUUUAAUUUUAACAGGGAUGGUAUGGUACACAAUAAUAAAAAAUCC